UUGCUGAUCCUGAAUCAGUGUUUUUUGUCUACUGCGGUCAACCGUUGAUGAUCCGUUAUUUUCCAUAAAUCCGCGGACAGUUUUUGACGCUUGGGUGGUCCUGCAGUCGUCUGGUCGGUAUCCCUGCAGCCCUUCACUUCCUGUCCAAUGUAUUUUGAAAGCUUAGGUCGAGGGUUCCAAGCGGGGGGAGUCUGAGACCAAGGUGCGGUCAGUCUGGGUACUCGGAAUUCCCGACUUCCGGGUACGGCUUGAAGGCAGCACGCUGAUUGAAUGGAAGAAAGCAGGGGAGCGAAUCAGACUGAUGUGGGCAAGACCAGGCCUCUUGCAAGGGACUGCAGCACCCAGACAAUUAGCACAGGAGGGCAAGGUCAUGGUCUCAGGUUGUCAAAGAUAAACCUGUUCAGCUUGUUGAGUUUGUGGUUGGAGUUGUUCCCCCUGGAGCGACCUAAAGAAGAUGAUCAGAUCCGCAAUGUGGGUCUUGUGGUGGUGCAGGACACCAAAGUGAUGGGACUCCACUACUCUGGACAUGAGCUCCACGCGGGUCAAGCCGCCAUCAUCCAACAUGGCGCCCGUCUGGCCGACUGUCAGCUGUACUUCUCCAGGCGGCCGUGCGCCACCUGCCUGAAGAUGAUCAUCAACGCCGGGGUGAGUCAGAUCUCCUUCUGGCCUGGAGACCCGGAGGUCAGCAUGCUGAGCUGCAGCCCCCACGGUUCUCCCACCCCAGAGGAGGCCAUGUUGGAUGCCAUGGCAACGGAGAAGCUGAAGUCCAACAGCCGCUCCCACAUAUGUUUGCUCCUCCAGCCUCUCGCUCCUGGCAUGGCGCAGUUUGUUAGCGAGACGUCCAGAGAGUGUGACUUCAUGGUGAGCGCCACUGACGACGAUGAUUUCAACCUGAACACUGAAGAACUCUUCUGCAGGGAACAAGAAAGACACUUCCAUGAUUUCUCCAAACACUUCCUGAUCGAGAGCGCCCAUCAGCACAGAGAGAUUUUGACCAUGAUGCAUCUGGAGAACUUCUGUGUGGAACCUUACUUCUCCAACCUGAGACGCAACAUGAGGGAGGUGGUGGAGGUUCUUGCCUCGGUGGCGGCCGGGGUGCCUCAGCGACACUGCGGCUUUCACCGGGAACCCCCAGCUGCUGAUGCAUCAUCAUCAACAUCGUCGUCAUCGUCGCCACCCCCUUGCCAUGAGGGCGUGUCCCAAGAAAUUGCCCAUCAUUGCAUCAUCCAGGCCAGACUGUUGGCUUAUAGGACAGAGGACCCAAAAGUGGGCGUCGGCGCCGUGAUCUGGGCUCACAGACAGUCGGCUGUCUGUAACAGACCAGGUGGCCUGUCUCUAGUGGGCUGCGGCUAUAACGCUUACCCGGCGGGUUCGCAGUACGCCGAGUACCCGCUGAUGGACGACAAGCAGGAGGACAAACGGCGACGCAAGUACCGAUACAUUAUCCACGCGGAGCAGAACGCCCUCACCUUCAGGACCCGCGAUAUCUACCCGGAGGAAGCCGCCAUGUUGUUCGUGACAAAAUGUCCCUGUGACGAGUGCGUCCCUCUGAUCCGAGGCGCCGGCAUCACGCACAUCUACACCAACGACCACGACCGGGAUCGGGACAAAGGAGACAUUUCCUACCUGCGCUUCAGCAACCUGACGGGCAUCCAGAAGUUCAUAUGGCAAAGGAACACAGUCACGUCCUCCUACGUCACCGCCAACGGCUACGCGGGCAAGCGCAGGCGGCGGGAGGAGCAGGAGAAGCAAGGCAUCAAAAAGCUCCGCGACGACAGCGUGGCCGACAACUCGCCUCCUAUGAGCUGAGUAUCGCUUUCCCUGGAGGUCCACAAACAUUUGAUGUUCUUCAUGCUGCUGUUGAGGACAACUCACCAAAACACACCGACCUCAUCUUUACGAAGCAACUCACACAUAAAAAUCAUGUUUAAGUUAAUUAUCAUACUGUCAGAGGUCUUUAACAGGGGACCCCUAGAGGGUUCAUGUAGGUACUGCAAUUUUUGGUUGCUUAUACUUUAUUUUGAAUAUAUUUUUAGAUUUACCAGGCCAUUCUUCCAUGAGUUUAAAUGUCUUUAAAUACACAUUAAGACACUGUAAUGUAGUUUCGAAAUAGAAGUGGCAUGGACACUCGGGCUGUGAAUCUUUGGGCACCGCGCGAUUCGAUUCGAUUCCUGAGGAUAACAAUUCGAUUCAGAAUCGAUUUUACAUUCAAAAUUCACACAUUUUUAAUGACAUUGGGUGCCAGUUCUAUGAUUAACUACAUUCCUGCAUAAAAUAGAUAAACAGCUCUGAUAAAUGUUUAUAUUACUUAAAAGAAAACUUUUUUUAAAAAUAAAAUUCUACCCAAAUAUUUAAUAAAGUCAAAUACAAAUAAGUUAACUUAUUUUUUUCUAAAGUAAAUCUGUACAGCAGAUAUGAAUCAUCUACAUCAACAAUAUGAUUUGCCUGAGUGGCUUAACAGGACAGAUUAUAUAUAUAUAUAGGACAGAUAUAUGUAUAUAUUUUUUCUUUUUAAAGAAUAGUUACAAAUAAGAAUUGUGAUUCAUUCAAAAAUAAAAAAUGUUGACACCCUUAAUGGACACCAUACUCAACGUAUCUUGAAGUUUUAAAUAAAACCAUCAAUAAUUAUAAUUGCAUCUAUGUUAGCAUUUCUGAUAGCUAGUGAUUAGCACGCUAGUUACCUGCUAGCAAUUAGCGCACCAGUUGCCAGCUAUCAUUAGCCGUGCAAGCCGCCGGCUAGCAUUUAGCUAUCAGCCAACGAUUAGUGUGCCCAUUGUUAGCUAGCAUUUAGUGUGUUAGUUAUCAUUUAGCGAUUAGCCUGCCAGUUAUCAGCUAGCGAUUAUUACGGCAGUUGUCAGCUAACGAUACACUCGUCAAUUGCCAGCUAGCGAUUAGCGUGCCUGUUGUCAGCUACGGUUUAACGCACCAGUUGUCUUCUUGUGAUUAGUGCACUAAGUGUGAUUAGCUUGCUAGUUGCCAGCUAGCUAUUAGUGGCAUUACACUAUAUUAUUUCAAUAUCUUAGUAUUGCAUAGUAACAAUGCACAUUUAGGAUCAGUUUAAUUUAAAAUAAAAUUUUAUACAAGAUAUAAGUAAGGGGGUCCCCGCUCCAUCUCUCUAUUAGUUUGGUGGUUUUUGGCCUAAAAAAUGUUGAAGACCUCUGUCAUACGUAAUACGAAAUGUUUUACGACAAAGUAAUUUGUUCCUCAAAUUACAGAAAUUCGCAAUGUUUCGUUUAGUAAUUACUGUAAUUUCCGGACUAUAAGCCGCUACUUUUUACUCACGCUAUGAACCCUGCGCUCUAUAUAAUGUUUAUGGAGGUUCCUGGUUCACGAGAUUCACAAGCUGCCAAUAGAUUUACCCUCGUCACAUUAGAUUAAUGAAAUGGCCGAACGGGUCCCGGCGGACCAAUGACAUUUUUCACAUUAAACCACACGCGCUCACACAAUCAUUCAGUCAGCCAUUUAGCGCGUUAUGGACUCACCCUCAUCACGGAAAAAUGCACAAGAUGCAGCCCAAUAGCCAAAGACGAUUGACCCGGCCAUUGAAAAAAUGAAACAACCGCCACACGGAACGAAAAUCCACUGCAACUAACAGGCCUCAUGAAGGAGGAGAGCGCUCGAUGACUUUUCCGGUAGGCUCCUGUACGCUGUGUUACAGGCACUGUCUUUUGUUCAAUUUGUGAAUGAACACUAGUGCCUCUGUAAAUAUUUGUUUUAAUGUCAUUUGUAUUUUUAAUGUAUUUAUUAUUUAUUAUUUUAUUUACUAUAGUUAAUUAUAAAUGUUAAUUUAAUGUAAACUUAAACUUAAAAAAAAUGGCUGUAAAACUGCUUUUUGACAAUAAAUGUACAAAAUAAAAUUUGUCCAAAAACGAGGUGGGUGCGGCUUAUAAUUAGGAGCGCUAUAUCGCCCGGAAAUUACAGUAAUACUGUAUGAUUUUCACAAUGUACUGAUUCUCUCAGCUGAUCUUCCAAUGUUAAUGUGUGCUGUGAUUGGCUGACGACAAGUCCAGGCUGUAGAGGAUGGAUGAUGGAAUUAAAUCCCAUCGAGUGAUUUGCACAAAAGUGCUAAAAAUAGCACUUAGAGGUUGAAUGGACACUAAUGGACUCCUCUUGUUUGUUGAAUACCUUUAAUCUGAAAAGCCUCUUCAGUUCUAAAAUAGUAGGUGCACCGUUUCCCCAAAAAAUACAAAACCCAUAAAAAUGUUAUGUCAUUCAUGAAUCCUAAAUUGUCGAUUCCUCUUUGGGAUUUUAGAAUUAAGUACUCCCUAAUUUCUAAACCCAGUUCCAAAUUUUGAUUUUUUGACGAAACUAUUGUAUGAUAUGUUGGAGAAAUUGGCCCCCAUGCCAAAUGUAUUUUCUUUGGUAGCACACCGCGUGUCCCCGAAAAUGGACGGAUGGAUGACCAAGACAAUGUUUGUGCGAUAUUGACAAUAUAAAUCAUACAAACUCGGCCGACAAAAGAGCAUGAACGCGUCCUCGAUGCAAUGUAGCGUUUUUUGCCAACGGCUAACAGUGAAAGUUACUAAUCCUUGCCUUCAUUGUGGCAAGUAAAGUACGUUUCUUACAAGUAUCAUUAUCAGUGGAGAAUGAGGAUUAGCGAAACAUGCUACAUUACACACCAAAGGAGGAUAUGCGAACCGCUGAACUAGAGCUUUUGAAUGUAAAACAGCGGUGGGCAGCAAGAUACAAAUAUUGACUGUAACGAUUUCCAAGUAUAGUAUCAGUAUAAGGUCGAUACUGCAGUGUUUUUUAUUAUCUCUAAAUCUUCUUGGGGGAGGCUUUUUGUUAUUGUUUACAAACUCAUUUAAAUCUGAGUUAAUUCUAUUUUUUCUUAUGUUUAGUUUCCACACAAUUGACUUUAUUUUGCUCAAUAUAUUGUAUGUAAUAGAAGGGAAUAAAGAAAUACAUAUUUAAUUGAUAUUGUUACACCACCAUCAUGUGUUUGUUAUCAUUGUGAUCAAAAAUGUAAUCAUUCAAUGACCUUGAAGUAUGAACAUUGGUAUGACCAAUGCUGCCCCUGAAAUACUUGGUAUUGGAUCAGCGGCUGCUGGUCUUUAAAGUAGGGGAAGCUCAUUUUCAGCUACUCUCUAAACACGACUGUGGAAGUCUCUUGCUUCCGGGUUCUUUGGACCGCCCACCACGGACAUGACAGCUGCAUUCAGGGUUUUGAACAGUGUUUUAUUUUUCAAUAAAAUGUCCUUUUUGUCCAUUUCAGCCAUAUCGACUUCUUUGCUCGCUCUUCCCCUACCUGAGCACACGAAUGGUUUCUCUGCUGCUUUUCAGCAAACAUCUUUUGUGUCUGUCCGUCAGUUUGCUCUGCCAUCCACCAACAACUUCCCCCUCUCCUUCCCGCCUUUAACAGAGCGACAGGUGAUCAGACAAACACUCACAGCUGUGCCAUCUACGCACCUGCCGCUAAUCUCGAGGCCGGUCCUGACACGCCCCGCUUCUCCGCAGGCCACGCCCCCCCACAACGACUACACUCUUCAACACAACAGAUAAAAUAUAUAAAGAUGCUAAAUUUUACAAAGCAACCGUCACUUACAGGAUUGUAAAAUUCUCCUUAUCAACAUGUAACAACAGAAUGAAACUUUGACAAAAUGCUAUAUUCCAAGAUCGCCGUAUCGCUCUUUUUGCUGUCAAACAAAAAGGGAUUCAGCCUCAGACCAUCCACUUCCAGAGACUCUUGGCGUCCGUGGGAGAGACAAAGCCGAGCAUUUAUCCAACGAAUGUGUAGUUUGGCUGCAGUGCAACAACCCAGUCUGUGCUCCCCCAUUGAAGUCAAUGGACGCUCGGCUUCAACACCGUUUUAAAGAAGCUGAUUUUGAACAAAAGUUGAAUGCAUUAUAGCGCACAUUUAGUCAAUGAAAUGUAAACACAAAAGUACAUAUUUGGACACUUUUUUUGGUUUGUUGUUUUAACAUUUUAGAGAAGGCCCCAGAGCAGUCGCCCAUGCAAAGAAAGGAUCGAUACCCAAAUGUGUAGUAUUACUCAAAACUAAUGUAAAGUAUCCAAAUAACAGAAUAAUAAGUGUUUAUUACAUUUUAACAGAAGUGUAGAUAGAAACGUGGUACAAUAGAAAGUAACCAGGUAUUUAGAGUAAACUACAUGUGAAUGCUCCAAUGCUGAAGUUGAACUGAAAUCCUGGAAUUUUUUUUAGAAUUGUUGAAGAAGAGCAAACAAUUUUGAACAGGCUGAAUAUUUUGAAGUUGGAACAGUUUGAAUCAGAUGAAAAUUGUAGGAGUUGUGGAACUUUGAAGAAUGUCCCAUUGAUUUAAUUGGGAAUUUCUGGAAAAGCUGGAAUUUUUUUGAAAAUGGUAAAAAAAAAAACUUGAAUGGUCUGAAUGAGUUGAAAUGGUUGGUGUUGGAAUUUUUUCCAAAUCGGUCGAGAAAUGUUGAAGUAGUAACAUGUUGAAUUGAGAAAUGGUAUUACGGAAAUCCUGGAAUUUCGGGAAAAACUGGGAUUUUUCCAGUUCAAAAAACAACUUCGUUUUUUGUCCUGAUUAAGAGGAAUGUUUUGACGGUGGAACGGCUGAAGUGGGUUGAAAAAUGUGGGAGGAGUAGUCGCCAGAAAAAAGGGUGGAAAUAGGGCUUUGGAAACUAGGAAUUUGGGAAAAUCCUGGAAUUUUUUUGAACUUGGAAAAAGAGUAGUUAGAAUUUCCAAGGUGAUGGAAUGUGUUGAAGGUGCAGUGUUUUGAAUAGGUUGAAAAAUGGCCAAUUCAUUUUGAAUGGGGAAAAUGUCCCGGGAAACCUGGAAUUUGGGAAUUUUUGGAAUUUGUCAAGGGAAAGCCCGCGAUUCCCGAAUAGGCUCAACUGUUUGA